AGCACCCUUGGCUCAAGACACAAGCACACCAGCCAGCGACUUUGGGCCAUGAAUCAGCCCUUGAUCGCGAGUGCGGGAGUGCCGUUCGAGCAGGGCAAAUGGAGUACAUGGAAAUGGCUUGGGCUGGCCAUCCUCACUGCGAGUUUGUGCGCCAUGAGCAUUGCUCGGACCUCAGCCAUUUUGGCACAGCCAAUGGAGCUCAAAUCCUUCAGCUCCCAUUGGCACCUUUCCAAGUUGCCUCAAGACCCACCGUCAAGGCUGAUGUUUGUCCUGGGCAUGUGGUCCCAGCCUCAUGCCAUUGAUUUGCCUACGAAGCCUGGGAAGGUGGUCCCACAGUCAAGCUCGUGGGACACUAUGCAGGGCUUUGAGCUUGCCAAGGCUGGGCCCUUUGGUUUUUCUUUGCUUCCAAAGGCUGGGCCAGGGGGCGGCUGCUUUGCCAAUAUGAGUGUAACUUGGUAUGCCAAAGGUCACUACAAAGGGCAGGGAGACUUCAUCAACGAUGCCAAGCUCAUUCUCGACUCGAAGUCUUCUUCUUUUUUGACAUCUCUUACCCUCAAGGCACAGUUUGGGUCUGGCUACAUCGAGGAGGCAGGGGAUGGACCAGUGGCUGUGCUGCCCUUGCAGGUGUAUGCAACCUGCAGGGGCUUGCAGCAGAGCCCGCGCAUUUUUCUACGGGGCGCUUUGUUUGGCAAUGGUACUGCCAACUUAGUGGGAGAUGGAGAUGCGCGGCGAAGGGACGAUGUGAUGGAUAAACUGGGCAGGUUUUUGUUGGCUCCUGUGCACGCCCGCCCACCGUUUCCGGGUGAUGCGCAGAAUCCAACGGUCGAGGACUUGGAGAAAUUACUGGCUUCGCCAAAGGCGGGGGUCACCACUCUGCUUGAAUCUUCAAUCACUCCGCAUCCUGCACAAUCAGAGAGGCCUCGGCAACGUGGAAGACAGCGUGCAUGGAGUGCCAGUGUGGAACUGCUUUCCUUGCGGCUGUCAGUAAAUGAUUUUGUGCAGAUCAUCAAUAUCGGCCAAAAAGUGUGGGACUUGCUGGUGCCUCAUUAUCAGUUUACUGGCCCGACUUUUGCCACCGGUCUUCCAAGCGGCGUGAAGACACAUGACGAUUGGGAUCAGCUGGACGGUUGGUAUGUUCAUAAGCUGUCAUUCAAGCAGACUUGGGGCGGGGAUGGCGGCAGUCUCCUGACGCACUACACGCAGAUCAGCUACGAUUGCAAAGGCAGGUAUCACGGACGAGGCGCAUACAUCGACAACUUUGAGGCUGGCAUGUUCCACCCAAGUGCUCCCCACUAUGGAACAAUUACAGGGAUGGUAAGCAUCGGAAACCCGAUCAAUGCUGGCACCGAACAGCAUCCGGUGGCAAUGCUGCCAUUAACACAACACGUGCGUGCGUCAGGUGCAUGGUUCUAUGACGACAUCAUCGUGGAAAUGCCAUUCUACGUUUAUGCUACAUGCAGGAUGGUGGUCCCAGAGGCAAGCUGCCAUGUUCAUUUUAACACGCCCGUCAGGAAACGGUGUGAACAUAAAGAAUUUUGACAUGGUUGGGUGCCGGAACGCAGGCAGUGCACAGACGGCAGAAGCCACUGUAAUUUGUCGAUCCGUGUCCAUCUGAGUCAGAUGGCAGGAACUGGUACAGUUAAGCAGCACAAGCAAAUGGAACA